CCCAUAAUUCUCUGGGAAGUGUCGUUUUACGGUUGAAAUAAAAUGGCUGACCCUUUGAGUUUGUUACGUCAGUACAAUGUGAACAAAAAAGAAAUAAUAGAGAGAACUGGUCAAAUAAUAUUUGGAGAAUAUUCGUGGCCUAAAACCGUGAAUACCAACUAUUUGAUUUGGGGAUCUGGAAAAGAUGGCACCCCAAAAGAAUACUACACUUUAGAAUGUUUACUUUUUCUUUUGAAAAAUGUCCACUUGUCCCAUCCAGUAUAUGUCAGACAAGCUGCAGCCGAGUCCAUACCUGUUGUAAGACGCCCAGAUCGUAAGGAUCUUCUGGCUUAUCUUAAUGGAGAGACUGCAACAUCAGGAAAUAUCGAUAAGAGUGCUCCUAUUGAAAUACCAACACAAGUGAAGCGUGUUAACGAAGAGCCACAGAAUGAAUCCAUUAAGAAACCUAGAUUUGAGGAAGGACAGGUACAAAGAGCAAAAGAGCAGCUUGCAGCCAGGUUGGAUGCUCCAAAAGAAUCCUCCGUAACAACUGAACAAAUCAGAUCUCGGUUGGUGGAGGCCAUGUCUGUGGAAAGGAUUGCAGCCAUUAAAGCUAAACGUCUGGCUAAGAAACGAGCGACUAUUAAAGGAGAUGACGACAUUGGUUUGGGAAUUCCAGAUAUUCAAGGUAUCUUGGAGUAUGAUGUUGAUGUAACCAAAGAUAUCAUCAGUAGAGAGAGACAGUGGCGGACAAGAACCACAAUAUUACAGAGUGCUGGAAAGAAUUUUGCAAAGAGUAUAUUUCCCAUGUUGCAAUCUAUAAAAACAAGGGAAGAAGGAGGAGGCCGGAAUCAACCCCAGGAACAACUUCAAACACCUCGGGCUACUCCCGCACGUCCUGUUCCCCAGCCUGCUGUGUACAACAGAUAUGAUCAGGAAAGAUUCAGGGGAAAAGAAGAAACUGAGGGUUUCAAGAUCGACACUAUGGGUACUUACCAUGGAAUGACUUUAAAGUCUGUGACAGAAGGCACUCAACCAAAACGUGCUGUUACUCCUGUCGCACCUCAACCUCAUCCCGUUCCUGUGGCAGUGCCAAAUAGAACUCCCCAGAAACGAGUUUCUAAAACUCCAAUCAUUAUCAUACCAGCUGCAACUACAUCUUUAAUAACCAUGUAUAAUGUCAAGGAUAUCUUACAAGACUUAAGGUAUAUUACCUCAGAUGAGAAGAAAAAUCAAGGUUGUAAGCGUGAGAAUGAAAUACUCAUUCAGAGAAGGAAGGAUGGAGGCUUCACAGUUCCUUAUCGUGUAAUUGAUAAUCCCCUCAAAUUAUCUCCAAGUGAUUGGGACCGAGUAGUGGCAGUUUUUGUACAGGGCCCAGCAUGGCAGUUUAAAGGUUGGCCAUGGGAUGGAAAUCCAGUUGAAAUCUUUGCAAGAAUACGAGCAUUCCAUUUGAAAUGGGAUGAAAUGAAGCUGGAUGCUAAUGUGGGCAAGUGGGCAGUGCACAUUAUACAGUUGAGUAAACAAAAGCGGCAUUUAGAUCGUGCUAAUCUUCUGAAGUUUUGGGAAGUGUUGGACAGUUUCAUGGUGAAACACAAACACCAUCUUCGUUUCUGAAGACUUUAGAAGAGAAAAGGAGAGGACAGAAUAAGAUAGAACAGUUUGAUAGAAAUUAUUAAUGUGUUUUUGAGGAAUAACAGACCAGUGGUGUGGUAAAGGAAAGUACUACAUUUAUACAUGUCCAGUGGAGUUUUUAACACUUUGGGUGGAAAACCAAAUUUUACAUUACAAUCUGACUGGAUCACUGUAAAUACACCACGAACAUAAGAAAUAUGUUCAUUGUUGUCUUCCUAUUUCCUGUUAGCUUUUUAUGGAAAGAACUGAUGAAAGUGCUGUAAAUACUUUAUGUAAUAAAGCAGUUGAACUUUA